UCAUAACGAUGAUUACAAUAUUAUAUUAAAUGAUCCGCUCUGUUAAAAAUAAAAACCAAAAUGAGCCCGUAUGUUUCAAACAUGUAACAUAUUUCCCAUAUACCCAUCAACAAGAAUACAGCAAUAUAUUUAACAAAACAACAUCAUGAGAAUAACAUUUCCUUAAACUGAUUAGUUUUACAGAAAUACACCGGCGCAAGAGCGAGAACUGCUCCCAAAUCAAGCCGCCCAUUGUUGACAGCGGCGGGGACAAUAAUCCUAAUCCACACGCGGCGGGUAGGCGCUCUUGCGCUUGGCAGGCGCUGAAGUCGCUCGGCUUUUUCUGCUUCUCGCUUUACCUUCUCUCUCAUGUUUUCCCUUUUUUGUAGCCGCCCGCUGCAAUUAUUAUCGGCGUUUCAUUGUGGCGCGCGUGAGCCGAGCGCCCGUUUUCCCCCGCGAUGCUCCAGAGGUUCCUUAAUCCUGUAUGUAAAUUACAGCCAAUAGAGGAUGGCGUUGAGUUGGGCUGGGAUUAGCGGAGGGGCGAAUGAGUUUCAAUUUUACUGGAUUACAGAACAAAGAGAGGAAAAAGGGGGCGACGAGCACCGCUAAAGAGAAGAGAAGGGGAAGGGGAGCGGUAAUCCGGUCCGGAGGUGCCGCGGGCCACACUGAGUGACGGGGACAGCCGCCCGGGAUGUGCCGGAUUAAACCUGCGGCCCGGGAGCACAUUUAGGAAAGACGCUUCUAGUCGUUUGGGUCGGAUUAUCUACACAGAAGGAGGCAUUUGCCUCCCCCACCUCUGCUAUUCCGGGAUUGCAGCGUUUGGGAUUGUACCCGAUUGUUCAUUUUUUUCCCCUUUUUAGACCAAGAUGGCACAACCAAGAAAAGAAGGAGUCCGUCCCAACCCUAGGACUGAGUCACGUAUCAUAAACUUUGCUGGGAAGCAGGAGAUCCUUGCAAGCUUGGUUUCAGCUCUUGACUCCGUGUGUACUGCGCUAUCAAAAGUGAAUGCAGAGGUUGCAUGUGUCACUGUACAUGAAGAUAAUGUGUUUACCGUGGGCAGCGAGAAAGGGAGAGUCUUCCUAAACACUAGGAAAGAGAUCCAAUCUGAUUUUCACAAGUUCUGCAGAGUUCCUUGCUUAGCCUUCUUGCCUUCAGUGACCAGCACAGCAAAACUACAAGAUGAACUGCCAAAACCUACCAAAGAAGGUGUACAAGUGGGACAGCGCUUGCCUGCUGAGCCUCCCUCUGACAUUUUUGUUCUGAGGAAGAUGGUGGAAGAGGUUUUUAGCGUCCUUUACGGUGAAGCUGUUGGGAAGACUGGUCUGGUACCUGUGCCUUAUGAGCAGAUCCUCAAAGAUCCAAGCUCUUUGAGUGUUCAUGGCCUACCAGAGGGAGUUUUGCUAAAGAAGCCAAGUGAAUAUGACACCAAAACCUUAAUGAAAAUCUUGGAGUAUAGCAACCGCAUUCGAUUCACCAUCAAAAGGCCCAUAGAAGAGACCCAGCGGGAGGCAACAUCCUCGACUGAUUUGAGUAGUUCUUCACCCCCCAUCAAGAACCUUCACAACCACACUGCCAAGCUUGCCAAUCAAGAGGGAGCAUCCAGUAGUCCUUUACCCCCUGCUUUUCUCUAUAGAAUUCCCCAUCCUAACAAUGCACAGGGAGAAACUGCUCAUGAUAUGUCCCCCGCUCCUAUUGCUGCUGGUCUUGGAGGAGAUCCGCAGAGUUCAUGGUGUCCAGUUGGGGAGAAGGCUGGAACUGCUAAGGAUUGUGCUGAUAAUGGUGAGAGACUUGGGAUUCAAAGUGAUAUGGGCCAGACAUCUCAGAAUGUGCAUGUGUCCAAACGAUUGCUUUUUUCAAUUGUACAUGAAAAGACAGAUAAGUGGGAUACAUUUAUCAGAGAAACUGAAGAUAUCAACACCUUGCGGGAAUGUGUGCAGAUACUUUUUAACAGCAGAUAUGCUGAAGCACUGGGACUUGAUCACAUGGUACCAGUUCCAUACCGGAAAAUUGCAUGUGAUCCAGAGGCAGUGGAGAUUAUCGGCAUUCCCGACAAAAUUCCUUUUAAGCGGCCUUGUACUUAUGGUGUUCCCAAACUGAAGCGCAUUCUGGAAGAACGACAUGGGAUCCGGUUUGUUGUGAAAAGGAUGUUUGAUGAGCGGAUUUUUACAGGAAGUAAAGUUUCCAAAGAAGCAGGAAGGCAGGAUGAUGGCUAUCCUUCUGAAGAUAGCUGUUCUGAGGCCCCACGAAUCCAAGCAACUGUAGAUUUGGCUGUGAACACACUUAAUAACAGGUGUCAAAGUUCCUGUGUUAGCCCCACUGAAUCUUGUGAAACUGUUUUGGGAAUGCCUGUUGAAGGAUCAACUGUAAAAAAGAUUAAAAGUGAGCCAACUGAUGGGGACAUUAUUCAGGUAACAGUGGCAGAUGUGGGCAUCUCCUCAGACGACCUUAAUGAACCAGUGUCUGAUCGUGGAACAAUGGAUGAUGGUGUCUGCAUGCAGGAUCCAAUCGCAGGUGAAGGAGCUGAUGAAGAACUCAGAUCACCUAAUGCUCCGCGAACAAGUGAAGAUGAUUUGGGAGAAAUACUUAUACACUUGAGAAAGCAGGUUGAAGCUCUUUUUAAUGCAAAGUAUGCUGAAGCUCUUGGUGUCCAGGACCCAGUCCGCGUCCCCUAUUCCAAAUUCCAAAUGUACCCAGAUGACCUUUCAGUAGCUGGCCUCCCAGAAAGCAUGUCAUUCCGGCGACCAAACUGCUUUGGUGUUGCAAAGCUACGUAGAAUCCUGGCUGCCAGUGACAACAUUCACUUUAUUAUUAAAAGACCUGAGCUGCUGAUUGAAGGACUUAAACAGGAGCUAACCCCACAAUCACACAGCAAUUCUGUUGUGGAUGUGGAUAGCAAAGAUAUUGUAAUGGAUGAGGUGCCAACAUCUGCAAAAAGACCUGGAUACUCAGACAGCCUUGAAGCUAAGCUUUCACGGAUUGAUUUGGCAAACACUCUGAGGGAACAAGUCCAAGACCUCUUCAACAGGAAGUAUGGUGAAGCACUGGGCAUCAAAUACCCGGUCCAGGUACCUUAUAAGAGGAUAAAGAGUAACCCAGGCUCUGUUAUAAUUGAGGGAUUACCUCCUGGAAUCCCCUUCAGAAAACCGUGUACCUUUGGCUCUCAGAACCUGGAGAGGAUUCUGGCUGUUGCUGACAAGAUUAGGUUCACAAUAACUAGGCCAUUCCAAGGACUUAUCCCAAAGCCAGCUCCAAGACGCAUCACCUUACUAAAAAAAGCAUAUGCCUCGAUUAGUGCUGAAGAUGAUGAAGUAAAUAGAAUGGGAGAGAAGGUUAUUCUUAGAGAACAAGUGAAAGAACUCUUUAAUGAAAAAUACGGUAAAGCCCUUGGCCUUGACCGUCCUGUACUGGUACCCUACAAACUUAUCCGUGCCAAUCCUGAUUCUAUCGAGGUGUCAGGACUUCCAGAUGACGUACACUUCCGGAAUCCCAACACUUAUGAUCUGAACCGUUUGGAAAAGGUCCUUCAGGCCAGAGAUCACAUCAAAAUGGUCAUCAAAAGCCAGCUGCAACCAUUUGAGGAAAUGUGCACCCUUGAACCCAGCACAGAAACACAUAAGGAAGCCUCCUUUCACAGACGCAAAAGGAAGAGACUUCCAGAUUCAAGUGAAGUACCUGCUACCUCAGGAGUAGAAUCCAGGACUGCAGCCAAUCAGAUUUCUGUGAUGCAGUGGCCCAUGUAUAUGUUGGAUUACAGUGGAGUUAAUGUACAGGUUCCUGGCCAAGUGAAAUACUAGGUGGGAGGACUGCUGGGGUGCUGUAGGAGCCCCAAGAGAAAUUGAGUAAUAGCUGUUUGCAUGGGCAUCCAUUGCAAAUAGUAGUAUGGCCUCCUGCUGGUGCCUUUUUUGACCUGGACACAAUUUUCACAAAGGAAGGAACAAAGAAAUUUUCGCUCCGUUCCCAUUUGGAACAACAGCAGAAAGGAAAUUAUGGCCUUCAGCACUUCGUCCUAAACAGGAACAUAGGCUUUGUUUCUGCCCAAGGAUGAAAUUGUGGCAUGCAGAAUGAAUGCUUAUGAGAAUGAAGGAGAAAAAAAGACUGGUCUUUCCCUGGUUUGUCUCCCAAAGACCACCAUGUGACCUUUAACUUGCUGUCUAUCAUAGAUGGCGCCUGCACUUACAAAACAGCAAAAGGUCUCUUGUAGACGAACACCAUGAACUGACAACAUAGCUAAUUUCUGUCUUAAAAUUACCGUACCAAUCAAGCCAGACAUAAGCUAUCCCCUUUCUCAGUAAGAUAUGUUUUAUGGAAAUCAUAGAUACUUUUACAGUAGAAGGAUGGGCUUCAUGUCACUUGAACUGAAUUUUAGAUGGCAAGCAACUUCUUUUCGAUCAUGUCUUUAUUUACCAAAAUGAAACAUGUUCCUUGAGGGCAUAGGCAUUUUUUUGUUUAUCCUUGCUUAUUCAUGUAUGCACUACUGGCUUAUUGAAAUAGAUAAGGAUUGUAUCUGAAAGGCUGAAAAGAAAACAUAAACAUUGAAUGGAUUUUCUUUGUGGUAUGGUCCAGGCUCCCUGUAGCGUUUUCAUUAUUAAAUAUCAGAACAUUCUGCUGUUGAUAGAAGUUGUACUUUCACGUGUUGAACAGUACACUAUAUUGCCCAGUUUGGCUCCUUAUUUCAAACAGCAUCAUGAUGGCUGUAACUCUGUUGUAUUCCUAGAAUUAUCCUUCUGGGUUGGGGUACCUGUCGCUUGUGUAUUGUGACUACUGUGCAGAGAAGCUGUCAGUACUGCUUAUGCUUUACAGCCACAGUCUGUUAGGUUGGCACAGUCCCUGGCAAACUCAGGCUAAAGUGUGCUUGCUUCCUUCCAUACAACUCUUUUAAUAAUGCAGCAGAGGUGAGCCAUCCUGAGACUCCUGCUUCUUGGAACACCUUGAUGGUAUUACUUGUCAUUUGGUGCCUCUGCAUACUUGUUACUUGAAUUUUCAGCAACCUAUGCGCCACUUUUUUAUUUCUUAAAGACUAUAUCCACUUAUAUGAUGCUUUCUUUUUUUUCUGUGUUUUAUAUGAUUCUUGCAGACACAUAUUAUAUUUAUAGCAAACAUAGGGUGGACACUAUCCAUUGUUAUGUAAAAUAUAAAUCUAAAUGGGCCUGGUAUGAGCAAGUCCUGUUAUAAACUGACACCCAAUUUUGCACCCAGGACAGGCAUUAGCUCCCAGCAACCCUAAACUUGUAAGACAUUUACAAAAUGGACGAAUGCAUUCAAGUACAUGGAAAAUCUUAUCAUUCAAGGAGGUGAGCAGGCUGCAAUGUCUUCUGUUAGGAACCACAGUUUGGUUGAAAAAGCUAAGAAUAAGUGUUACUGUGACCGCAAUAAUUUGAAAAAACAUUUGAAAGCCAUUUGAAAAACUAUUUCUUAGGUCUGCCCAUACACAUAACUGUAAGUUCUUGUUUUGGUGAACUUCCAACUGUUCUGUGCCACAUUGAUAGAGUAGCCUUUGACUAUUUAGCUUCUGGGGAAAUUGGAGGGUGUGAGUGUUGGGGACUACAGUCAUUACCCCCUUUAAUUUUAUGGGCAGGUGAACAACGUGUCAAUUGUGGUCAUGAGUAGCAGAGCUACCAAAUUUGUCUUUUGGAUGUACAGAUGGACACUUUAUUAAUCCCAAGAGAUAAGUGCAUUUUUACAGCAGCCAAAUGCACACAAACUACACAGAAUAUACUAAAGAUGUAACAGUAAGACAAAUACAUAACAUAAUAAGUUUAAUUAAAGGACAUAUCUGUUUUAACCUUUGUAAAAGAUCAUGGAAAAACAUGUUACCAUUGUGACUAUUAUACCAUUAUGGCAUUAUUUGGUACACAGCGAUUUGACUAAAUUGAGGCUGAGAUUGUAAGGCAGGGUUUGAGAGUUCUGGUGCUGGUGAGCAGCAGUGGCUACAGGCAGUAGUUAGAACAUACUGGCUAAUUCAAUGUCAUUCCUUUUGUUAAUUGGACUGAUUUUUUUUAAGUCUAUGGCUCAUUUUCUCCCACUGGCUCCACUUUCAUAUUAAUAAAAUGUGAAAACCUGAAAUUCAGAAAAAUGCUUAAUGUUCUUGUGAUGCUUAAGGCUCGGGAGUCUCUUAGUUUUGCUUCAUUUUAACUUCAUUACAUAUUAGGAAUUGUUUUAUUUUUAUUAACCAGAAGAAUAUUAACCAUGUAUCAGAAGUAACAAAAAAGACAACAGGAAAUAAGUUAAAUAUGUAGAUAGUACAUAAUUUGGGGAAAUUUUGGCUUUUACAGAAGCUCACAAAAUAAAGAAAUAUAAAAAACAUCAUCAUAAACAACAACAACUCCCCUCAAAUACACACAAAGAAUUACAAAAAAGAAGAAAUCUUUUGACUUGGCUAAUGAUAGGAGAAAAGUCAGAGUGAGACAUUAUAAAGGUGCAAUAUUUCUAGAAACAGUUCUGUUGAAUAAUUCAUUGGCUGAAAGUAGUUAAUGCUAGUGUGUCAUAGAGAGAAUAUGCAGCAUGUUCAUAGUGGCCAUUAGGUUUGUCUUCAUUUUCUCCUCCGCUACUACCUCCAGUGGGUCAAAAGUGCAUUGCAUAACUGAGGUUACCACUUUAAUCAGAUUCUUGAUUUAAUGAGCCUCUCUUGAAGUAAUGUUACCGGCUCAUAUAGAAAAUCACAGAGGCCAUCACAGAGUUAUAGAACGUGCAAAAGCUGUCACUACCUGUGUCUCCUAAGGGAACAGUCUCCUAAGGGUGGAAAAAAAAAGUUUGGUACCACUUUCACAUAUUAUGUGUAUUUACGAAGUAGUUAUUUUCAUGUAACAUUUUUGAAAAUAAAAAAUGAGGAAUUCUAAUAGAUAGAUAGAUAGAUAGAUAGAUAGAUACUUUAUAAUCCCUAGUCCAUUAGAUUAGUCUGGCAGGGGUUACAAAAACAUUAUUCGUAGGAUUCAUUUACAGGUGGGGGAUCAGUUGUCACGUGGUCAUGGAAUGUCAGAGCCCUGGAACCUUGAAUCAUACCGCAAUAUGAAAACAUACAGGCAAAUGUUUUUUCUAAUGUCAGCUGACUUGGCAAAGUAGUGUGUUGUACCAGUUGCCAUUUUGGUUCUUAUUUUGAAGAAAUAAUUAGUCAUAUUUUGAAGAUUGUAUUACUUCAGAAGCUUGUUUCUGCUCCUUUGUUGAAAACAAGAAAUGCCUUCUCUCAGGAAUGUGAAAAGUUGUGUAAAAUGUUGUCCAGUGACUAAUGUGCCAAUUGAACUUAAUGGAAAACAGGUUAACAGUGGAGUCACAGCUGCCUUUUCUUGUCAAACUACAACGGCCAGCUGUUGCUUGACCACUCAUUGUCAAGUUUUCAUGGCAGGAAAUGUUUAAAGUUACUAAAUUCACUGACUGACUGGUAGACAAAUCUGAGGAGCCAUUCACCAGAGCAGGGAAAUUUUAAAGGUCAACAUUUAUUUCAUACAUAAACAAAGGUUUAAUGGUACAAACAAAACAGAAGGCAUGCUCCACCGUUUAAGACUCUGUAAACUAAGCACUAAUACUUCCUGCUCCAGUAUUUGUUUUCAUUGGAAGGGUCAUUCUUGCUGUCAUUCCCUAUUCAAAUCUCUCCAUCUGAGCGCUGCAAAAUUUCUGGAUGGCAAAUGUUAUACAUUACAACUAUACCCUUAUCUCAAGGUACUGGGACAGUAAAGUGCUUUAUUUCAGGUGUCACAGAUCAUUUUACAUUGGUAACAGUUGGGUCUAUGGAACAUCAGAAGUGCAUUUAGGUCACAACUGCCUCACUUAAUCAGUUUCUUUUCUUGCUUUACUGAUUUAAUAGUCACUUAAAAAAGCCCUCAGGUAAUGAUUUUCAUCUUCUCAGUAUUCAUAACCACCACACUAAUGUGGCAUUCUUAACUGUCCUGUAUGUUGUGAUGAAGGUUCACAGUUCUUAUUCAGAUUUGUCCACAUACUUACCCAUGGGUUAGACACAUAAGGCUUCUAGGACUUGUAUUUGGUAAUUGAGAUAAGAGGAGAUGUGUGUUACUGUUACCUUUUAGUGAUUUACACUGCCGCCCAUGACUUGGCAGAAGGAGAAAAGUAAAUCAUUUGUAAAGUGCUACUAAAAUCUUCAGGGUGUGUCUCAAGGGAAAAAUGGGCGGAAUUCAAAUUUACGUGUUAGCAUUGCAUAGCCGGCUCCCAAAAUGUUUUAAGUACAGUACUUCCAAUGUCUGUAAGGUUGAAAUUCAACAAACCAGGAGAUUUAACAUUAUGGGGAAAUAACAUUUUAUGCAUUUGGCCCUAAAAAAGGCUAGGUGUACUGUAAGUAUAGUAAAUGCUAAAAGUCAGGGUAAUCCAAAAUAUGUAACUGGAAGAGAAAAUAAUAGAGACUCCCCCCAUCCUUUACUGACACACCCUGGAGUGUGACAUGGGGUACUUUCACAGGCUGAUUUCCUGGCUCUGGGAGAGAGGGUAAUGUUAUAUGAGCAGUGGGCUCUAAUGUUUGACAACAAUCGUCAGCUUGAUCAUAGCCCUUACUUAAAAAGAGCAAUCAUACAACUGUAAAAUGUAGGAGAACAGAUAUACAAUGUAAUUAGGGUUAAAAAAUAUGCAAUAUAACAUCUAACCAGGAAGAGAAUGUCUCAUCUGGAGAGCUUGCUUAACUACCUUCCAAGUGAUUCAAAACUGUAAAACAAGAAAUCCCUUCUUUAUCAGAUGCACUGGAAAAAGUAAACCGUAAACUAAGGGCCAUAUUAUGACAAUGAAAUCAUUUAACUGUAAUGAAUGUGAUGUACAAGGAAAAAAAAACUGCAACUUUUGCCUUUGGUCAAUGGCAAUAUAGAGUUUCUAUGCUGUGCUCUUUCCAUUAAGGCCUUUGAAAUAAAAUGUGCUGCCUUGCCUUUCUA